UGUGCUAUCUACAAUUAGCUUUAGAAAAACCCAUUUUGUUUUUAGAAAAUUAGGCCGUGAAUAAUAUUUACGUCUUGGCGGUGAAUAUAUAAAAUGAUACUAGACCUUAAAACUCAGUAACUGAUAAACAUGGCUUUUACGCAGUACGUCAGCAUAGCUACCAUCCCGCUCUUGAUCAUUUUGAGUGCCUUCAUUGCUGUAUGGAUUAAAAGCAGAAGAAAUCGAAGACCGCCACAGAUUCCGAUAAAUGUGCGAGUGGAGGAUCAAACAACGACCAAGGAGGGGGAACCGUCACUGAAACCCAUCAGUGUCAACUACCACUUGACCCGCCAGUGUAACUAUAAAUGCGGCUUCUGUUUCCACACAGCCAAGACUUCGUUCGUGUUACCCAUUGAGGAGGCGAGGAAAGGACUAACAUUGCUGAAAAAUGAUGGUAUGGAGAAGGUCAAUUUUGCUGGUGGCGAGCCCUUCAUUGUCAAGCGCGGGGCUUAUUUGGGGGAACUGGUCCGCUUCUGCAAGGAGGACCUUCAGCUGCCAAGUGUGACAGUGGUCAGUAACGGGAGUCUCAUCACAGAAAAAUGGUUCGAAAAAUAUGGAAAAUACCUGGACAUUUUGGCGGUGUCAUGUGACAGCUUUGACCCGGAAACAAACCGACUAAUCGGCAGGUGUCAGAACUCUACCAAGAAGGACCACUUGGAAAGUUUGUACCGAGUUCGCGAUUGGUGUCAGAAAUAUGAGGUUGCUUUCAAAAUCAACACCGUGGUCAAUGUCCACAAUAAGAAUGAAGACAUGAACGCUUAUAUAUCGGAACUGGGUCCCUGCCGCUGGAAGGUUUUUCAGUGUCUUUUGAUUGGCGGAGAGAACGCUGGAAAGGAUGCAAUCAGAAACGCGGAAGGGAUGGUCGUGACGUCACAGGAAUUCAAGGACUUCUGCGAACGCCACAAAAAUAUCACUAGUUUGGUUCCAGAAUCGAAUGAGCAGAUGAAAGACAGUUAUCUCAUUCUUGACGAAUACAUGCGGUUUUUAGAUUGUACACGGGGAAGUAAAGACCCCUCCCGCUCUUUGCUAGAUGUCGGGGUGAAAAACGCCCUCAAGUUCAGCGGAUUCGACGAGAAAAUGUUUUUGAAAAGAGGCGGGAAAUACACGUGGAGUAAAGCCGAUAUGAAGCUCGAUUGGUAAUCCUGGGGGCCGUUUCAACAAACAAAAUUAAGAUUUCGAUUUGUCAUAAGACAAAAAAAAUUAUCACGAUAUCUAUU